AUGGUUCAAGUACCUUCUACAAAUACUGUAAAGGAAUCCCGCCAUGUGGCAAUAUCUGGACUUCCAAGCACAUUACCAGAUGAUCGACUACAGUUGCAUUUCACAAAAUUUGGCGAAAUUCAGCGUUUGGUCCGGCAACACGGCAACCCAGAAAUCGUCCUCGUCAGCUAUAUGGACGCUCGUGGAGCCUUGCGAGCACGCAGUACAAAACCACAGUUCGAAGAUUCAAUUGAGUACAAGAUCUCCGCGUAUAUUCCGGAACCCACACAGAACUCUAGUAUGGCUUCCAUGUCAUCGACACCUUCGUCCGGUCAAAGUUCGUCGCCACGAAACGCUGAGCUUUCACCGCAAAGGUAUGGCGAUACACGAGGCGCUGAAGUGAAGUCGCCCAGUUUCAGGAAUCAGAUGGAAGCUAGAAGAGGAGGCCCACAUCUCUCGGUGCAAUCCCAGCAAAGGCAUUCUCGAGAAUAUUGGCCCAUCCCAGAAUUUCCAUCAGAAUCCACGGCCUGUGUAGUCUACGAAAUACAGUCCGGAUCGACACCAGAGCGGGACCUUUUUGAACUUGUGAAAAAGCACUCAAAACGGUCAGGCGUACCAAUCGAUAUUCAACUGGAGUCGACUACCGAACCUGGCUGGAAAAAAGCACGCGUCCAUUAUUACAGGCUUGAUACGGACGGCCUGAAAGCUGAUAAAAGUUUAAUACUUGGCAGGCCGCCAAAGUUUCGAGUCUAUUACCCGACAAGUGGGGAACAGAAGCAUCCUCAAUGCCAUCCGUCGACAUCAUACGCAAUACCUAAACUGAAAGGUGAUCAUUUGCUGAAGGCGAGUUGCUCGGUACACGUGCCUCAUUUGGAUCGUCACUCACCUGAUCAUUAUCGUCGAAGAUUUGAGUCUUAUGGUCAAGUCAUUGACGUUGAUAUGGUGAAGUCGAAUGAUAAUAAGGCAUUCGCAGUUGUUCAGUUUACGAAUAUCGACGACGCUCAGAAAGCGUUACAAGAUACGAACAUUCCAAAACCGAUGUCAUAUCAAUCUCGUCCAUCGCAUCGAAUAAUUAUAUUCUACUUACCGAUCGAAUGUACAAAUGAAGAGAUAAUGCUGAUAAUACGCAGCUUAUCCGACAGAAUUGUGGAUAUUUGUGUUGACUGGUGGGAUCGAAGUGCGGUAAUUACGCUUGACGAUAUGGAGCCAGCGAAUUUGCUAUUAAAACGGAUGAAGCUGGUUGGACGAAACAACUUUGGCGAACACAAGGUGGCCGUCGACUUUUGCUCGGAUCGAUUCAAUCUUUAUUUUAUCAAUCGAAAAAAGGAGAACAUUGAGGUCGCUGCGAGAUCAUCGUCACCUACAAGUAAAUCUGAAAAUGAUCAAGGUUCGAGUUCGCCAUCUUCGUCAAGAGACCGACAGAAUCUUCACGAUCCGUUACAAACGCGAUCAUCUGUAGAGCAUCAUACAAAUCAGGAGGAUCAGGAGAAUAAUGCAUCGGGUAGCGAUAGUAGUAGUGAUUCGGAUAGUGAAGAAGGGUCAAGUUCCAGUAAUGAAGAUAGCGAUGAGCAGAAUGAUGUCGAUGAAGAAGAUGAUGAGGAUGUUGUCUCCGAGGAGAAGCGUCACGAGCCAGAAGAAGGGAAAAGCUCGUCGCCGGGCAACGGCCAUCGAGACGAAUCUAAUGGUGAUAAAGAUCAUGAAGAUUCGUCAGAACGAUUUUCACAGCCUUCAACAUCGUCUCAUCACGAAACUUCUCACUCUCCGGAAAAGGAUUCAGAAGCAUAUCAGAGCCGGUCGUUUUCACCGCUAAACUAUCAAUCACAGUCUCCGGGUUACGAAUUCUUGGAAAGUAAAGAGAUCAAGCAAGAGUUCAGCCCGACAACAUCAUCCGCAUCAUCUUCAGAUUUGGAGCUUGAUAUGGAAAUGCCGGAUAACCCAUUGACAAGGAUGCUUGAAAGAAUGCACUGGCGACCCUUUAUCGAUGUUUCCUCGUUCGUCAAUCGAAUCGACGAAAUUGUGGAGCUCAAUCAAAAAGCACGGGCGAGUUAUGAGAAAUUCACGGGUAGACCAUUUCCAAAGUGCAACAACGACGAAGUGUUAAGCAUACAAAAAAUUGUGUUUCACGAGCCCCGCGACUAUUAUUACUAUGAGAAUCCAUGUAGCGAGUUGGAAGUUCGAAUUCGCGACUGGCGGAAACUAUCGGAUACUGCGGACUUGGAUGACUUUCGAGCCACAGAUUCGAAGGAGCUGGGCAGAGAUCAGCCAGCUGGAGGAAGGACGAGUGGGCGACCGAGUUUGGAUGAAUCAAGGACCAAUAGACUAUCAUUCGACUCGACUCACCACCCAGCCGAACUGGCUCAACGAUCCCAUUCCCUGUGUAUAGGACCGAUGACACCUUCGACUCCGUUUCCAACAUCCCAACCACUUCUUGUCAACACCACUCAUCUUCCUGGAACGUCACAACCGAGUACAUCUGGUGGAAUUACGACGCCACGAAGUUCGCAGCCACCACCGCUUAUGUCACCUGUGUCGAGACACAACUCAAUGUCAUCUACCGGAAGACCUGCGAGUAUUCAAACACUUCGACAUCAAAGUGUGAUGUUUCCACCUGAUGUUUCAAUCCCGCCUCCUCCGAUCCCACCAACUCAUGACGAGAUGAUGGCUCCAAGAGGUACACCACCAUCGAGAAGAAGCUCCGAGACGAUGGUUCCUCUGCGAAGUCCUCCUUUUGGCACUCCUAUUCAGAAUCUUCUAACGAUGCCGAUUGUCCCACCGCCUCAUCUGAUUGCUGCCACAUCAACCGGAACACACUCGGUCUCUUCGUCUGCACAUUCUACACCUCGUCACUCAAUUUCUGGAACUCCUGUUCAUUGCGAGCCAUCGAAUUCGAAAACAUCUCAACCACCAACUCCAAAGUCUAGACCGGAAAAGGUUCAAAUUCGACAUGAUACCAUUUCAAAAUCAGGACCUUCCAAUGCUAUCAACGCUCUUCAAGCUCGAUCGCAGUCCAUGACAUCUGGCGAUCCGAAGAAAAGUGCUCCAUCAACUCCUGUGGUUCGUGAUGCCGGAAGUGAUUUGGUUGCUCAGAUAAUGUCAAAUCAACCAAAUUUGGGGCUCAGGAAAUUGCCAAGAAUUGAGAAGAAAUCAUCUGCUCUUCAAAACAUUCAAAACCAUCAACCUCCUCAUUCUAAUGCCAAUUCAACUCCGUCGACACCUUCCACCUCCACUCAUCAAGCAAUGUUUAAGGAUAAGGAAAAAGAAAGAAAGAAAAAGGAGAAGGAGAAGGAAGAACGGGAACGUGAAGCUCGUCGAGAAAUGAAGAGAAAGGAGACGAAGGAGGAACGGAAUAAAAGGAAGGAAAUGGAAAGAGCAAAACGGUUGGAAGAUGAGAGACAGGAAAGAAAGCGUGAGAAGAAGAAGGAACGGGACGAACGGAAAAAAGAGAAGGAAAAGGUGCGGAAGAAAGCUGAAAAGGAGAAGCUCAAAAAGAAGAAGCAUAGAAAGGGUGAUAGCAGUGAUGAAUCGGACUCUGACUCGAACGAUGAGCUGGAUCUUGAUGUCAGAAAGUCAACAAAGGAAAUGACACAAGAAGAAAAAGAUCAUCAACUCGCUCUGCUACUGUCUAAAGGAGGUAUCAUUGAGAAUCUGAAAUCACGUCGGAGAAGUGACAAGCGUGCUCAUGAUUCGUUUGAGAAGAUGCAACAGAAGAGCCAACAACGUCGUGUUCUAAUUGAAUCGUCCGAUGAUGAAGGCGGAAAAGAUGGUGAUAAGGGAAAUUCGUCGAAUGGAGAGGAAAGUGAUUCUGAAAAAGCUGAUCUUCCACCACCACCAGCACCUCCUUCACUUUCCGAGUCAGCAGAUCAGAGACUCAAAGUUUUGAAAGAACGAGAAAAGGGAGAGUUGACAACGUCAUCGGAUGAUGAAGAUCAUAAUGAUGCGGGAGAGAUUCACCAGCAAAGAUUAACAGAAGAUCGAGAGAAUAGGAAACGGCAGAAAAGUCUUACAGCGUACUCUUCAGAUGAACAAGGAGAAAGAAAGAAUGUACCAAAGCGAAUGAGACGGGAUGAUAGUGAAGAUGCUGCUGCCAAACAUCCUGGAUGGUCUGCAAAAGAUGAUCAGAAGCAGAGAAAGAGAAAAUUGGAACACCGAAGAAGUUCAGAGGAUGAGUCGAAGAAGAAUGCUAAACGCGAUUUUCGUGAUAUUCCACAUGAAGAUGUAUCGGAUGAAGAAGAGACUGAAGAUGGUUCGAGAAGCAGACGACAGUCAACUAGUAGUACUAUCAGCAAUGUAACUGCCAAAGAAAGGAAAGAGAAAAGUGGAAAGACGCCUCUACGAAUUGUGCCAGAACCAACUGGAACACCACUUCUAUCACCGAAAAUUCUAUCGCCCAAACAUCUGUCUCCAAAAACAUCGACAUCUUCUACGAAGCGAUCGUCAAUUAGUGAUCACGAGAAUCUGAUUUCUCCAAGACAGCGAAACCGUACGACAUCAUCUACAUCGACAGCUACAACUUCCUCGAAGCAUGAAGCAUUGUCGAUUCCAGAGAAACCACUGUCACCGCCUGUCACUGCAAAGAGCAGCGUGUCUUCAAUUGAUGAUCCAUCGAUUCGUGACGAGUUCAGUAUGAACUCCGCUGCUGACAGCCCGAUGAGCACGACUGGAAGACCGAUGGUUCUGACGAAGGCUGCGAUGAAGGCGUUUAACUCGACACCACCAAAGAAGAAAAACAGCUCGUCUGGUCAACACGAUUCUUCGUCCGGAUCAUCUUCGGAUUCAUCCUCUUCUGAUGGUUCCACCUCGUCGGAUGAUAGUUCGGAUGAUGAAGUCCCAAAGCAAACGGAGCCAGUUACCAGUAUUCCCGUUGUAGCAUCUGAUAACGGGAGUCCUGAGAAUGUAGUUGUCGAGACUCCAUCAAUAGUUUCCCAGACCCCGCGUGAACCAGAGCCGUUUACAAUUUCUGAACAGAGCAGCGAGUCUGAACCUGAAGCAGUGCCUGAGUGCCCUGAAGCAUCCGUUGAACCACAGAUGGAAACAUCUCAAAACGUCGAACCGGUGUCAGAAGAGCAUGAGGAUAGUCAUGAGCAUGGUGACUCGGAGGUAGCUGUUGAGUCUCAACAACAACCGCUGGAGCACCAAGAAGAGAAGGAAGAGCUGGAAAAUAAAAUCUUAGAUGUUGCGGCCGAACAUCAUGAAGAACAAGUACAAGGUGAUGAGGAUAGCGUUGAGUCAUCUAUUCCAGCACCGUCAGACGAGCCAGAUCCAGUGACACAAGCACAGGAAAAAUCAGCGCAUACGUUAAUUUCGGAUCAGGAAACCGAUCAAGCUGUCCAGUCAAUAUUUGAUGAAGAGGAGGCAGACGAAUUCCCGCAAUAUCCAGAUUUUGGAAUUAGCACUAAUGAGAAGGAGGUUUCUGGAAAGGAUCCACACAACAUCAAGCCAACUGAACCUCUGAAUAAUGGUCAUACGGAUCUACUUUUCUCACCUUCCUCAUCUGCACACGCAUCGGAGAAACAGAGUACCAAGUCGGAAGAUGACAUGGAAGAGGAUUCGGAACUUGUUGUUAUGGAGAAAGAGGUUCCGAUGGAGCAAGUGAUUGCUCAAGAAGUUCACGUUCCUUCGGAGCCAUCACCAAUGGAGGAAGAAGUGAAGCUUGAGACUAGUCCAGUUCCAAAAGAAGAACCAAUCAAAAUGGAAGAAUCGCCAGAGCAGACGCCAACUCCUGAUCUUAUAUCGAAUAAUGAAUCACAGGAUACACCUGGUGCAGUGAAUAAUCAUCUGCAUGAGAAUCAUGAUGCAGUUCAAACUCCAAUACAGCUUCAACCUGCUUCACAACACCAAGUUGCCCAGCCAUCACCACGUCCAGCAGUUGCUCCGGAUUCGCAGCAGAAUGGUCCAGUUUUGGUAUCCCAACAAUCCCAACCAUCACCGAUGUCCUCCCAACAAUCUGAUAUGGCUCAAAAUCUGAUUCUCUCAUCAAAAGAUAUCAAUGAUUUGGCGGCGAAACUGCACAAAAAUCCGGAAGCGCUGGCUCAAGCGACUCGUGGCGAUUGUUCUGGAAUCUUUCAGCACCUUCUCCUUCACGCACAGGGAAAUGGUCAGAAUAUGACUCCAGAAAUGCUGCAGUUGAAGGCCGCAUUCUUUGCGCAACAACAGGAGAAUGAAGCAAAUCAAAUGAUGCAAGCAAAGAUGAAGCAACAGACAAUCAACAAGGAUCGAAUAAAAGAGCAAGAGCGGGUGAAACGUAUGUACGAGGAAAAUGAGCGUAAGGUUGAAGAAGAUCGUCGGGAGAAGCAGCGGAAAGAAGAGGAACGUCAGCGAUUGGCUGCUGCGACUGCAGCUGCAACAAUGGCUACACAGAAGGCUGCAGAAGCCUUGAAACAAAAGCAAGAAGUUCCACGGCACGGUUUCCAGCAUGUGUUGAGUAUGAUGACUCCUGAGGCCAGAAGUUUGUACGAACAGUUUCCUGGACUCUCUUCCUAUAUUAAUAGAGAUUCGAUCGGAGCCACCAAUGGCGUCUUACACCUGCCGACUCAAUCAAUUCAACGUCCCUCGUCAACUGCAUCAACGUCUUCAAAUCCUCCAAAGGCACCACUUCAACCAUCCGCAUCAGUCAACCAGAAUACCAUAGAUCCCGCCGAAAUCGAAGAGAUCCGAGUGCAGCGUUGGUUUUACAAGCACUUCCCAAUGGUCUGGACCGGACGCUUGGCUCUAAAAUCAACAGAAGCUAUGAUAAAUCUCCAUUUGAUCAACGGAUCCGAGACAUUCCUCAAUGAUGUUCUUGGACGUCAAGUGACUGAAGAGAAUCCACGUCGAGACUCUGUGAAGAUCCUCCAGCGACUUCGUUUGGACAAUGGACAAGUUGAGCACAUCUACCGAAUUCUCACGAAUCCCGAGUACGCUUGCUGUCUUGCACUUUCGUCGGUCAACAAUAUCGAGAACCUGAAGGAAAAUGAUACCAAUUUGAAAUCCCACUUCAUCGACUACCUUAUCAAUAAGAAGAUCGCUGGGAUUUCGAGUCUUGGAGAAGUCGAGACGAAGUUCAAAAGUGCCCGGGUCCACGUUUUCGCACCAGGCGAGAUUGUCAACCGAUAUCUGUCCGAGUUGGCCACCUCGUUGCAUGACUACCUUCAGAACACUGACACCCGCUACCUGCUGAUAGUGUUCACCAACGACAAGGCUGACCCGAACAUGACUGGGCCACCAUCUGUAGCAUCACUCGCCGUUCCACCAGUAAGCAGUACCUAA